UUUUUUUUUACUUUAUCAAACAAAUAUGGCUGCGCUUAACGACGACGUUUAUGCUCGUGUACACGAAAAAGUAAAAGAACACAACUUAACAGAACAAGAAGUAAAGGCUAUCGAAACAGCAAGAGGGCAGCUUCAAACUCAUACUUAUACUGGCGGUAUGGCAGGUGCAACCACUGCUUUCCUUAUAGGCAAAAGAAAGAGAUUCAAUCCCAUUCAAUUACUCGCAGUAACAGGUGGUGGUUUCCUUAUGGGUUCACAAAUGGGUUUAAUUUCGGGUGCAUUGGCAGGAGUGAAGACAAUUAAUUCUUUGCCUAAUCCUCAACGUCUUAUCAAUGUAAUACGAGAAGUGCAAUUGGAAGCUAUGAAAAGAAAAAUACCAAAUGCACCACAGAAUAGAAACACUGUUCGACCACCUUUAAUGUCAUCGCAGGAAUUGAAUCAAGCUCAGAAUCCUCAAGAUUCAUUUUCACCUGAUAUCAACGAAAACACACUGGGUGAAUUAGGAUGGGGAAUGCCGAUCGAUAGACAAACAAACAAAAGCGAUAUGAAUAUUACAGAUCAACAAGAUCAAUUCACUGAAACGAAAGCGCGCCAGCAACAACUUCAGCAGCCUAGUGCUUGGGAUAAGAUUCGAGCAGAAAACUUACCCAAUAACACCUGGGCAAGAAUUCGCCAGGAGGCACAGAAAACCUCCCCUGAAGACCUUGCUAAGGCAAGAGAAAAGACAGCAAGUAGACUUCGUGAAAAUUCUGGGUUUGAUGUAGAAGAACUACCAAGAACGCGAGAAGAGGUCUUGCAAAAGAGUGGAAGCUCCCGAAAGAACCAAUGGGGCGACGUACUAGAAUAAAGCUAA